AUGAAGCUCAUCCGCAAGCUCGACUUUGAAGAGGCCAAGUUUUCCCUCUACUUCCUCGCCUUCGAUAACCCAGGGGCCGAGAGCGCUGGCAGGCAGUGGACGGAUCGGGAGGGGAUCUUGGAGCUUACACAUAAUUAUGGGACGGAGGAUGACGACAAUUACAGGGUUAAUAAUGGGAAUGUGGAGCCGCAUAGAGAUAUCUCCAUCACCGCCGACCACCUUGAAAGGGCUUGCGGAAGGCUCGAAUCUAAUAAUGUCCCCUUCCAAAAGCGCCUCCAGGAGGGGCGCAUGGAAAACAUAGCCUUCGCGCUAGACCCAGACGGUUACUGGGUCGGGAUCAUUGGCCAAAAGCGGUCCGACCCUGCAUCUACUUCCACCAAUUUGGACGUCUACCGCUUCAACCGCACGGCGCUCCGCGUUAAGGACGCGGAAAAGUCCUUGCAAUUCUACCGCUCUGUGCUGGGAAUGAGUCUCCUCAGAACAAUAGAGCAGCCCGAGGCUGGAUUUAAUCUUUACAUUUUGGGCUAUAGGCGAGGAGGAGAGGAGGAGGAUUCGCUGGUAGAUAGGGAGGGGCUUGUGGAACUUAUGUGGAAUUAUGGCACCGAGAAGGAUGAGGGGUUCAAGUAUCAUAAUGGGAAUGAGGAGCCGCAGGGGUUUGGGCAUCUUUGCAUCUCUGUGGACGACCUCGACGCCGCCUGCGCUAGAUUCGAGGACUUGAAGACUAAUUGGAAGAAGAGACUUACGGACGGUAGGAUGAAGAAUGUGGCAUUUAUCCUGGAUCCAGAUAAUUAUUGGAUUGAGUUAAUCCUCCUCUUCUCUACCUUUCCCCUACCUCCAGUUUAA